AUGAGCUUCGCUGCCUUCAAGAUGAUGCAUUGGCCUACGGGCGUCGAGAACUGCGCCUCCGGUUACAUCACCCACUCCAUCUCCGACACUACUCCGAUGCAGAUUCCCGGCGACGACCUCGAACCCGAUUGGCCCGCUCCUCCCAAGCGCGGCAUCUGCGCCGUGCCUAACGUCGUCAUAACCGCCGCCAACGUCCUCGAGGUCUACGUCGUUAGGGUUCAGGAGGAAGGGAGCGGGGAGCCGAGGAGCCAGAAGCCUGCUGCUAAGCGCGGCGGCGUCUUGGACGGCGUCUCCGGUGUCUCUCUCGAGCUCGUGUGCCAUUACAGGCUGCACGGUAACGUUGAGUCGCUUGCCGUGUUGCCUAUGGGAGGCGGGAACUCUACUAGGGGAAGAGAUUCCAUUGUGCUGACGUUUCGCGACGCGAAGAUCUCGGUUCUUGAGUUUGAUGAUUCGAUUCAUAGUCUUAGAUUGAACUCGAUGCAUUGUUUUGAGGGUCCAGAUUGGCUUUAUCUGAAAAGAGGAAGAGAGUCCUUUCCAAGAGGGCCCUUGGUGAAAGUGGAUCCUCAAGGCAGGUGUGGAGGUGUUCUUGUUUACGGUUUGCAGUUGGUCAUACUCAAGGCUUCUCAGGUUGGUUCUGGACUAGUUGGAGAUGAUGAUGCCUUCACUUCUGGUGGGACCAUUUCUGCUCGAGUUGAAUCAUCUUACAUCAUCAACUUGCGUGAUCUCGGAAUGAAACACGUCAAAGAUUUUGUUUUUCUAAAUGGUUAUAUUGAGCCUGUAAUUGUAAUCCUUCAGGAAGAAGAGCAUACAUGGGCUGGGCGAGUUUCAUGGAAGCACCAUACUUGCACGCUUUCUGCUCUUAGUAUCAAUACGACAUUAAAACAACACCCAGUCAUCUGGUCAGCUAUUAAUCUGCCCCACGAUGCCUACAAACUACUUGCAGUACCAUCUCCAAUCGGUGGUGUUCUUGUUUUGUGUGCAAAUACAAUCCAUUAUCAUAGUCAGUCAGCCUCCUGUGCUCUGGCACUGAACAGUUAUGCCUCCUCAGCUGAUAGCAGUCAAGAACUGCCUGCAUCAAGUUUCAGUGUAGAACUCGAUGCUGCUCAUGGAACCUGGAUAUCGAACGAGGUGGCCCUUUUGUCAACGAAGUCUGGGGAAUUGUUGCUGCUUACUCUUAUAUAUGAUGGGCGUGCUGUGCUGAGACUUGAUCUUUCCAAAUCAAAAGCCUCUGUGCUUGCUUCGGACAUCACUAGUGUUGGAAAUUCUCUUUUCUUUUUAGGUAGCCGUUUGGGAGACAGUUUACUGGUUCAAUUUUCGUGUAGAUCUGGGCCCGCAGCAUCCUUACCUGGGUUGAGAGAUGAGGAUGAAGACAUUGAAGGUGAGAUUCAUCAAGCAAAACGUUUGCGGAUAUCUUCUGAUGCUUUUCAAGAUACAAUUGGAAACGAGGAGCUUUCAUUGUUUGGUUCAACACCAAAUAACUCCGAUUCAUCACAGAAAUCCUUUUCAUUUGCUGUAAGAGAUUCACUAGUUAAUGUUGGUCCAGUGAAAGAUUUUGCGUAUGGCUUAAGGAUAAAUGCUGAUGCAAACGCCACUGGGAUUUCCAAACAGAGCAACUAUGAAUUGGUGUGCUGUUCUGGUCAUGGGAAGAAUGGUGCUUUAUCUGUUCUUCGGCAGUCAAUUAGACCGGAAAUGAUUACUGAGGUUGAUCUCGGAGGCUGCAAAGGAAUAUGGACAGUUUACCACAAGAGCUCCCGUGGUCAUAAUGUUGAUUCUUCUAAACUUGCUGCUGAUGAGGAUGAAUAUCAUGCCUAUUUGAUUAUAAGUUUGGAGGCUCGCACAAUGGUGCUUGAAACUGCUGACCUUCUAACAGAAGUCACUGAGAGUGUUGACUAUUAUGUUCAGGGAAGAACAAUUGCUGCUGGGAAUUUGUUUGGAAGACGUCGGGUAAUCCAGGUGUUUGAGCAUGGUGCCCGUAUCCUGGAUGGUUCUUUUAUGAAUCAAGAAUUAAACUUUGGGGCCCCUAAUACAGAAUCCAAUUCUGGUUCUGAAAGUUCCACUGUCUCAUCUGUUUCAAUUGCCGAUCCAUAUGUUUUACUUAGAAUGACAGAUGACAGCAUUCGUCUGCUUGUUGGAGAUCCUUCGACUUGCAGAGUUUCCAUAAGUAGUCAAUCUGUACUUGAAGGCUGUAAAAGGAAGGUAUCGGCAUGUACUUUGUACCAUGAUAAAGGACCAGAACCCUGGCUAAGGAAAGCUAGCACUGAUGCAUGGCUUUUGUCAGGAGUUGGAGAGGCUGUUGAUAGUGCUGAUGGUGGACCCCAUGAUCAGGGUGACAUAUACUGUGUUCUCUGUUACGAAAGUGGUGCCCUUGAGAUAUUUGAUGUGCCUAGUUUCAGUUGUGUUUUCUCUGUUGAUAAAUUUGCAUCUGGAAGAAGCUACCUCUCUGAUAUGCCUAUUCAUGAGCUAGAGUAUGAACUCAACAAAAAUUCCCAGGAUAAUGUAUCUGCAAGGAACGAAGACACUAUGAAGACAAAGGUCGUUGAGUUAGCUAUGCAAAGAUGGUCUGGCAAUCAUACACGCCCAUUUCUCUUUGCAGUAUUGGCUGAUGGUACAAUUCUUUGUUACCAUGCUUACUUAUUUGAGGGUGUUGAGGGUACCAACGCAGACAAUAGUGUAUCUUCAGAAAACCCUGCUGCUUUAAAUUCCUCCAGUAGUUCUAAGCUUAGGAAUCUGAGAUUUCUUCGCAUCCCCUUGGACACGUCUACAAGAGAGGAGACUUCAGAUGGAGUUGCAGCUCAAAGAAUUACCAUGUUCAAGAAUAUUAGCGGUCACCAGGGACUUUUUCUUUCUGGCUCAAGACCAGGGUGGUGUAUGUUGUUCAGAGAGAGACUUCGAUUUCAUUCACAGCUGUGCGAUGGAUCAAUUGUGGCUUUUACUGUGCUUCACAAUGUGAAUUGCAAUCACGGAUUCAUAUAUGUCACGUCACAGGGAGUUUUGAAGAUUUGCCAAUUACCUUCAGCAUCAGUCUACGAUAAUUAUUGGCCAGUGCAAAAGAUUCCUCUGAAGGCUACGCCUCACCAAGUUACUUACUACGCGGAGAAAAACUUGUACCCGCUGAUAGUAUCAUAUCCGGUCAGCAAGCCACUGCAUCAAGUGCUUUCUUCACUAGUUGAUCAAGAAGCUGGCCAGCAGAUUGACAACCAUAAUCUGAGCUCUGAUGAUCUCCAACGACCAUACACCGUUGAGGAAUUUGAAAUCCGAAUUUUGGAACCUGAAAGAUCUGGUGGCCCUUGGGAAACUAAAGCCACUAUUCCAAUGCAGAGCUCAGAACAUGCACUCACUGUGCGAGUUGUCACGCUUCUUAAUGCUAGCACAGCGGAGAAUGAAACACUUCUUGCUGUUGGAACUGCUUAUGUCCAAGGGGAGGAUGUUGCUGCAAGAGGCCGUGUGCUUCUUUUCUCUUUCGGAAGAAACGGAGAUAAUUCUCAGAAUUUGGUUACUGAAGUCUACUCAAAGGAACUAAAAGGAGUUGUAUCAGCUGUGGCCUCCAUUCAGGGGCAUCUUCUAAUAUCAACUGGUCCUAAAGUCACCUUGCACAAAUGGAAUGGCACUGAACUAACUGGUGUUGCUUUCUUUGAUCCACCGCUCUAUGUAGUCAGCAUGAAUGUGGUAAAGAAUUUCAUCCUCCUUGGUGAUGUUCACAAAAGCGUAUACUUUCUAAGCUGGAAGGAACAAGGGUCCCAACUUAGCUUACUAGCCAAAGAUUUUGGAUCCCUCGAUUGUAUGGCUUCAGAGUUUUUGAUUGAUGGAAGUACGCUGAGCCUGGCUGUCUCCGAUCAGCAAAAGAAUCUCCAGAUAUUCUAUUUUGCACCGAAGAUGUCGGAGAGCUGGAAGGGUCAGAAACUUCUGUCAAGGGCGGAAUUUCACGUCGGUGCGCAUGUGACAAAGUUUCUACGUCUGCAGAUGGUUGAAUCUCUUAGCGCGGAUAAAAAGAGUCGCUAUGCUUCGUUAUUUGGUACACUAGACGGCAGUUUUGGUUGCAUUGCUCCACUAGAUGAGGUCACUUUCCGUAGGUUACAGUCACUCCAGAAAAAGCUAGUUGAUGCUGUUCCUCAUGUUGCGGGUCUGAACCCACGCUCUUUCCGUCAGUUCCGCUCUAGUGGGAAGGCUCGAAAACCUGGGCCUGACAGCAUUAUCGACUGCGAGCUACUCUGCCAUUACGAGAUGCUUCCACUGGAGGAACAGCAUGCACUUGCUCAGCAGAUUGGGACAACCCGAGCUCAGAUUUUCACGAAUCUAGUUGAGCUCUCUGUCGGAACCAGUUUCUUGUGAAGGUCAGAUCGUAAUGCGUCGUUAUUGUUCACCUUGGACGAGAGGAACUAGUAAGAGGCAGGCUUCUUAAUGUUGUAUAGAUGCUGUAACGUACUAUCAUGAAAUGUUUUGUUUGCAUCUAGAUUAUUUGAAGAAGAUUCUUCUCCAAGUUUUCUGUUUGUUUCAUGUCUACAUCGAAUACUACUACCUUAGAUCUAGACAGUAUCUUAAUUAUACAACUUUGUUUAAUUUUGAGUAUUAUAGAAUUCGCG